AUGGGGUACAUGGACAAGUACCUGCCGGCGCCCAACGCCACGGCAGGUAACAUCACCAUCCCCGACGCCGCCGCCGCCGCCGCCACCUUCGACUCGGCCUCGAUCCUCGUGCUGAUUGUGACUCUCUGUGCCUUCUGCGCCCCUGUGUUUGUGCUCUUCCCGCCGUUCCCGCCGCGGAAGAGCGACGCACUCCCCAUAACCCACAACAAGCUGGGCCUGCAGCCGUCAAAGUCAAACCUCCGUGACCACUGGGCUGCCGACCACGCCUCCUCGGGCAAGGCGGAGGUCAAGUCGCUCUUCGUCUACCCCAUCAAGUCGUGCAAGGGCAUCGAGGUCACCAGGGCCAAGGUCGUCCCCACGGGCCUGGAGUUCGACAGGCUCUUCACCUUCGCCCAGCUCAAGAGCCCCUUCCCCGUCGGCGCCGACGGCGGCCAGGGCAGCCUGGAGGAGGCCAAGGGCCAUGCCUGGGACUUCAUCACGCAGCGGCAGUUCCCCCUGCUCGCGACGGUCGAGGUGGAGCUGUGGCAGCCCGACCUGGACAAGAUGAAGGGGGGCGUGAGGGAGACCAAGUCGGACGAGACGUUCCUCGUCCUGCGCUUCCCCUACAGGAGCCCCGGCGUCGCCGGCGUGCUGCAGUCCUUCGUGGCCAAGUGCACCCGGGGCUGGCGGGCGGUGCCCGAGAAGGAGGUCCUGCUGUCGGUGUCGUUCCCCUCGGCUGAGGAGAUCAAGGCCAAGGGCUACAGGCGCGAGCAGGUGAAGGUCUGGAAGGACACGACCACUGCGCUCAACAUGGAGAGCGAGCUGCCCGAGGAGCUGAGGCUCUACUUGGGCGUGAGCAACCGGCUGGGUCUGUUCCGCAUGGACCCUGAGGGCCUGCGGCCUGUGUUCAAGUGUGCCCCGGCGAAGGAGGAGGCCGGAUAUCAGCCCGUUGUGAGCUUUCAAGACUCCUAUCCCCUUCACAUUCUCGGUCUAUCGAGCGUGCGAGACUUUGAAAAUCAAGUCCCAAAGGACGCGGAUCUGCGCCAACUCGAUCCUCGAAGGUUCCGCGCAAACAUUUUCGUCAGCGGCACUGCCGCAUACGCUGAGGACUCGUGGACAAAGAUACGGCUCACGGAUCCAUCUCACAAGGAGGACCAGUCAGAGUUCCACGUUUCGUGCCGGACUACGAGGUGCAAGUUGCCCAAUGUGAACCCGGAGACAGGAAUACGCCACGCUGUCGAGCCGGACAGGACGCUCCGAGCCAAUAGAGAGAUCGACGAGGGUGCGCCGAAGACGGGCUGCAUGGGUAUGCAGGUGACACCACUUUUCGACAGGCCGGAGGCGUCAGAGAGCUAUCUGGCUGUGGGCAUGUCUAUAGAGGUCCUAGAGACGGGCAAGCAUUUCUUCAAGAGGGUGUAG